AUGAAAAGCUUAGUAGCCUUCCUCACGUGCGGCUCCUGCGCUAGCCGUCGUAAAAGUGACAACGAGAAUUAUCCCGAUACUAUUACAACCCCUACAGCUUCUACGCAACCGCACAACGCUGCACUGGCACAUCAAAAUCCGUAUGAUAUUCAUGGGACACCAUUGCCCAAGGGAGACCGUAAUACUCGUGAAGAUAAUCGUCGUAGUGACGCAGAUGUUGACGGAGGACGUGAUCGACGGUCUUCAAACCCAACGAGAGUAUCAAGCAGCUUUAACAGAGUGUCAAGUGGACCUAACAGAGCAUCAAGUGGACCUAUCAGAGUGUCUACUGGGCCUAACAGAGUGUCAAGUGGACUCAACAGAGCGUCAAGUGGUGUUCAAAGAGCAUCAGGUGGUGCUCACAGAGUAUCAAGUGGUGCCAACAGAGUGUCAAGCGGUCCGCAGCAGCGGCCGCGAAAUGGCUCACGAACGUACCUGCAGCAACAUCCGGAGCAGAGACCCUCACGUCCCCAGCAGCAGCAAUUUGAUCGUCCUGCCUUACGCAGCACUAUGGAACCGGAUACAAAACAAGAUAAGGCACAACAGAGUGGAAGCUCUGGCAACUCAAGCAAUGGCCGUGAUAUGGAGAUCUGCGACAGAUCUCGAGAGGCAGCUAUGCGGGUGCUGGAGCAAUUUCAGGCAGACCCGACGCUCGGCAAAAGUCGCAUUCCAUACUCUUCGCUGUAUUUCACGCGAGUGCUGAGCAAGGGAGCGUUUGGAGAAGUGUGGCUUGCUCAAUUGGAAAACAGACAGGUGGCAGUCAAGAGAAUUUUGAAUGAGAAGAAGAACGACGUGAAGGAGAUUGAGUGCUUUGGAGCGGAGAUUAAACUCAUGGCGUCCUUCUCACAUCCUAAAAUUGUUGAGUUUGUGGGUGUAUCCUGGAGCUCGAUGCAAGACUUGUGUGCUGUGACUGAGUAUAUGGGCAAGGGUGAUCUGCACGGCUUCCUCAACCGCCGACAGGGCCAAAUCAAUUGGCGUGACCACAAGAUUUUUCUCUCAGAAGAUGUGGCUGAUGCGCUCGGAUACUUGCACGGUCUGUCACCUAUGGUGAUUCAUCGUGAUCUCAAGUCAAAGAAUAUUUUGCUGGACGACUCGUUCCGUGCAAAGCUCAGUGACUUUGGGAUUAGUCGAGAACGAGCCGUAGAGGACACGAUGACGGCAGGUGUGGGUACAAUAUAUUGGACAGCACCUGAAGUACUCAUGGGGAAGAAGUAUACGGAAAAGGCCGAUAUCUUCUCGUUUGGUAUUGUCAUGGCGGAGCUGGACACGCAUACGGUACCGUACUCAGACAAGCGUGACAGCUCGGGCAAGAAGCUACAGAGCAUGAAAAUUGUGCAGAUGGUGAUCCGAAGAAACAUGAGGCCGACGUUUUCACCGGAAUGCCCACCUCUCGUGAAGGAACUAGCGGACCGCUGUUUGGACUCGGAUCCAAAUGUGCGACCUAGUGCCACGGAGCUGCUGCAGAUCAUCCAACGCAUGCAGCACCUUUUGUAA